UUGGUUCAUGUGUGCUCUUUGGCCUUUUUGAUUCUCGCCUUCGUAAGUUUAGGUUUUUCCCUCCUCAUCAUGCAACCCGCGGGCAAAGUCGUCUAUUGCUGCAGUUACUGCAUGAGGGAGCACGCAGCAAGGCAAACUGAGCACCCCGCAUUGAUCGCAUCGGCGCCGCUUUGUGCCCCUCCAUCCCCCAAUUUCUCGCACCAACACCACACAUUGAGCCACCCAUUCUAGGCUCAUAAGUUAACAACUUCAGGUGCUCCAAUUCUUCCUGCCGGACCUCAGAAUUCUGUUUUCUCCCAUAUCGAAUAUUCCUUCUCACCCCAGAGCUGCUUAUUCUCCAGCCGCGCAUUCGCCCAG